AGGCGGCCCCGCGUGGCCUCGCGCCAUCGCUAGACUCCGUGUCCCUCCGCGCAGGCGGGCGGCCCCGGAGAGCUAGUGCUGCGAAGGCGGCGACGGCGGCGACCCCUCCUCAUCAUGAGUAGAGGCUUCUCCCGAAAGAGCCAGACGUUCCUGCCCAAGGUCUUCUUCCGCAAAAUGUCAUCCUCAGGGGCCAAGGACAAGCCGGAGCUGCAGUUUCCCUUCCUGCAGGAUGAGGAGACGGUGGCCACGCUGCAGGAGUGCAAGACGCUCUUCAUCCUGCGAGGCCUGCCUGGGAGCGGCAAGUCCACGCUGGCCCGGUUCAUCGUGGACAGGUACCGGGAUGGCACCAAGAUGGUGUCUGCCGACAGCUACAAGAUCACCCCCGGCGCCCGGGGGGCCUUCUCCGAGGAGUACAAGCGGCUGGACGAGGACCUGGCUGCCUACUGCCGCCGGGAUGUCCGGGUCCUGGUGCUGGAUGAUACCAACCAUGAGCGGGAGCGGCUGGAGCAGCUCUUUGAGCUGGCCGACCAGUACCAGUACCAGGUGGUGCUGGUGGAGCCCAAGACGGCCUGGCGGCUGGACUGUGCCCAGCUCAAGGAGAAGAACCAGUGGCAGCUGUCAGCAGACGAUCUGAAGAAGCUGAAGCCUGGGCUGGAGAAGGACUUCCUGCCGCUCUACUUCGGCUGGUUCCUGACCAAGAAGAGUUCCGAGGCCCUCCGCAAAACUGGCCAGACCUUCCUGGAGGAGCUGGGCAACCACAAGGCCUUCAAGAAGGAGCUGCGACACUUUGUCUCUGGGGAUGAGCCCAGGGAGAAGAUUGAACUGCUCACCUACUUCGGGAAGAGACCGCCGGGCGUGCUGCACUGCACAACCAAGUUCUGUGACUACGGGAAGGCCGCUGGGGCAGAGGAGUAUGCCCAGCAAGAUGUAGUGAAGAAAUCUUACUGCAGGGCCUUCACGCUGACCAUCUCGGCCCUCUUCGUGACACCCAAGACGACGGGAGCCAGAGUAGAGCUGAGCGAGCAGGAGCUGGCCUUGUGGCCGAACGACGUGGACAAGCUGUCCCCCUCUGACAACCUGCCACGGGGCAGCCGCGCACACAUCACCUUGGGCUGCGCGGGUGACGUGGAGGCGGUGCAGACGGGCAUUGACCUGCUAGAGAUUGUGCGGCAGGAGAAGGGGGGCAGCCGCGGCGAGGAGGUGGGUGAGCUCAGCCGGGGCAAGCUCUACUCCCUGGGCAGCGGGCGCUGGAUGCUGAGCCUGGCCAAGAAGAUGGAGGUCAGGGCUAUCUUUACGGGAUACUAUGGGAAGGGCAAGGCCGUGCCCAUACGCAGCGGCCGCAAGGGUGGCUCCUUUCAGUCCUGUACCAUCAUCUGAGUGUCCUGGGCCACCUGCCCCUUCUUUACAACGGAAGGGGGAGGGGAGGGGAGCAUCCCUCUGCUUGAUCUUUGAUUUUUUUUUUAUUUUUUACUCAAAGUUAACUUUCCUGUAAUUUUUAAAAACUUGUAAAAUAACUGCUCUCUUUUCCUGCCCACCCCUUUCCCCUCUAACGCUCAAGCUUUCAACACAAGGGGGUGGGUAGCCGUCAUUUAGGAACCUGGACCACAGUUGACCAGGCUGGGCGAAGUUUGACCUGGACUGGAGCCACAACCCCAAGCCCUGCUUCCAGUUAACAGGCCCCCAGGCCCACUGCCCCACACAAGGCUGGCUAGUGGGGAGGGACACCCCAGCACUGCAAGUACUCAUGGGGUGGUCACCAGCCACAAAAAACUAGUGGUGGAUUUGAGAUGGGAGGACCCCUGGGUUUUGAGCCCAUUUCCUAAUCAGAGUGUACUAUUUUCCAGGGUAGAGAAAGGGUUUAUCUUACACCUUUGGUCCUAAGUGCCUGUCCCCUCCUCACACUGUAACUAGGUAACAGUUUGACAACUAGGGGACAGAGUAGGCAGCAGCCACACCCCAGGCUGGCUGCACGUCUCACCCGGGGAAAGGGGUGGGCUUCCAUCCUUCCAGCCGUGUGGCCCUGCUGUGUCGGUGGGGAGAUCAAGGCCAGAGACAGAGCCUCAGUGAGAAAGUACCAGUCUCGCCAUCUGCCGAACCUAUCCUGCCUCCUUGGUGCCUCUGGCGGCCUUUGUCUCUGCUGAAAGGGGUCAGUGGGCACCAAAAGCCAGUGGAGUGGCCCCUGGCUGUCACGGGCCAAGCCCUAUCCGGUGCCUCUGGAAGGAGGGGUUUUAACACUGCUGUAGGAGCUGGGGUUCCUGGGGUGCCCUCUGCCCUCCGCUCAGUAACGGCCUUGCUAAUCAGGCUGUCACCUGACAGAAGUGCCUGGACAGAAGUUACUCUCCCGGCUUUGCCCAACCUCGGCAACUUGUAAGACUGAUAA